AACAAAAACCGUCCGCUUGUAAUAAUUCAACCCAAGAGGAGUGUGGGACAAGUCAACACCACUUCGCUCUGUUUCUUCUAUAUACGCGUUAUCCUGCGCACCCUUUUCCCCCCUUAUCUUGCGCACCCUUCGCCGGCCUCCGACGUCACUUCAGAUCUUUCCACUCGACUGCCUCGCAAGUGUAGAGAGAGGCAGAGAGAGAGAGAGAGCGUGUGCUGUGUGUUCUCCCUCCGUGGCCUCGUUCGUUUCCCUUGCGAUUUCCGGUCAAUUUCAGUAAGUUCCUUCAAACAGGGGAGGUCCAUUUGGUGAGGGAAGACGGUCAUGAGCUGCUUUAGCUGUUGUGAAGAUGAUGAUAUCCACAAAGCUCCAGAUGGUGGAGGCAUGUACCCGAUGAAGAGCUCAGCAGGCAAUGAUGGGGCAUAUCAUGCCUCUGAAUCUGCACCAAAAGGUGCACAAGCCGUAAAAGUGCAGCCCAUUGAAGUCCCUGCUGUUCCAGUGGACGAACUUAAGGAAAUCACUGAUAACUUUGGUACAGAUGCUUUGAUUGGAGAGGGAUCAUAUGGCAGAGUGUACUAUGGGCUUCUAAAAAGUGGGCAGGCUGCAGCUAUUAAGAAGUUAGACGCAAGCAAGCAACCUGAUGAUGAAUUCUUAGCCCAGGUUUCCAUGGUGUCGAGAUUGAAACAUGAAAAUUUUGUUGAAUUGCUUGGUUAUUGUGUUGAUGGAAAUUCCCGUGUUCUCGCCUACGAGUUUGCAUCUAAUGGCUCUCUCCAUGACAUCCUCCAUGGUCGAAAAGGGGUUAAAGGGGCACAGCCUGGUCCCGUUCUUUCUUGGGCACAGCGAGUAAAGAUUGCAGUAGGGGCUGCUAAAGGACUCGAGUAUCUGCACGAAAAAGCAGAACCUAGAGUAAUCCAUCGUGAUAUUAAGUCCAGCAAUGUCUUAAUAUUCGAUGAUGAUGUCGCAAAGAUAGCUGAUUUUGAUUUGUCCAACCAAGCUCCUGAUAUGGCAGCCCGUCUCCAUUCAACUCGUGUUCUCGGCACCUUUGGUUAUCAUGCUCCCGAAUAUGCAAUGACUGGACAGCUAAAUGCCAAAAGUGAUGUAUAUAGUUUUGGUGUUGUUCUGCUGGAGCUUCUGACUGGGCGGAAACCCGUGGAUCAUACAUUACCACGGGGGCAGCAGAGUCUUGUUACAUGGGCUACACCUAAGCUGAGUGAAGACAAAGUUAGGCAGUGUGUGGAUGCAAGACUUGGAGGCGAAUACCCUCCAAAGGCAGUUGCUAAGCUGGCUGCUGUUGCCGCCUUAUGUGUACAAUACGAGGCUGAUUUUAGGCCAAACAUGAGCAUCGUCGUGAAGGCAUUACAACCCCUCCUGAAUGCACGGCCAGGACCAGCGGGCGAAACAGCAAGCUCAUAACUUCUCUGGGUGUGUGCGUGCAAGUGAGCGCGCACCGAAAAUGCAACAAACGAACAGAUGGUAGAAGGUUUUUCUAUAUCGGUUUUGUGAAUUUGUGUAUGGAUCCCUCAUUGGGAACAUUCUAUUUAUUGAUACUGUUCGUAUAUGACAGCUGUUAUCUGCAUCGCCUGGCUUUAUGAACAAUCUUCCUCUUUGUCUUGUUG